AUGAAUGGAUUUGUUACACCCGAUCAUUUUUCAGAUGGUGGCAUACCAAUCUUUAAACCAACUUUUGAACAAUUUAAAGAUUUUUAUCAAUUUAUUAAAUCAAUAAAUAGUUAUGGUAUGCAAAGUGGUAUUGUUAAAAUUAUACCACCACAGGAAUGGUUAAAUUUACAAAAUUUACCAAUUAAAAAAAUUGAUUUAGAAAAAAUUAAAAUUUUUAAUCCAACGCAACAACAAAUUUCUGGUGAAAAAGGUAUUUAUGUGGUUCAAAAUAUUGAAAAAAAUAAAAAAUUUAAUUUAUUACAAUGGAAAAAUUUAUCAUUAAAUUAUCCUUUGCCAUCAUCAUCAUCAAACAUCGUUAUUGAUAAUGAUAAAAAACUUUUAAAUUUUAACGAUUUAUCAUCAUUAAUUAAUUCAAAUACUGCUUUACUACAAUAUAAUGAUAAAGAAAGAUUAAUUUUUUUAGAAAAUUAUUAUUGGAAAACACUUAAUUUUACUUCACCUUUAUAUGGUUCAGAUUCUCCUGGCAGUUUUUUCUCAAAAGAUUUAAAAAUUUGGAAUGUUUCAGAUUUACCAAAUUUUUUAGAUUAUUUAGAUGAAAAAAUUCCUGGUGUUAAUGAAUCUUAUUUAUAUGCAGGUUUAUGGAAAUCAAGUUUUACUUGGCAUUUAGAAGAUAAAGAUUUAUAUUCAAUUAAUUAUAUUCAUUUUGGUGCACCAAAACAAUGGUAUUCAAUACCACAAUCUCAUGAAAAACAAUUUUUAUCAUUUGUUAAAGAACAAUUUCCACAAGAAUUUAAAUCAUGUCCAGAAUUUUUAAGACACAAACAAAUUAUUAUAUCACCAAAGACUUUAAGAGAUAAUGGUAUACCUGUUAAUAAAAUUACACAUUAUCAAAAUGAAUUUAUUAUCACUUUUCCUUAUGGUUAUCAUUCAGGUUUUAAUUAUGGUUUUAAUUUAGCUGAAUCGGUUAAUUUUGCAACUGAUGAUUGGUUAGAUAUUGGUGAACGUGCACAAUCUUGUAAUUGUAUUAAUGAUUCAGUGAGAAUUGAUGUUAAAAAAUUAAGAGAAAAUUGGGAAAAUAAUAAAAAUAGAAAGUUUAAUGAAUUAUUAAAUCAUAGUUCACAAGAAUUACAAAAUAUGGCAACUUCUUUAUCAUCAACUUCAUCAACAACAAACAAAAUUAAAUUACAAAAUGAUUUAACAUCAUCAUCGAAUAAUAAUAAUAAUAACAACAACAACAACAUCAAAUCAAAUAUUAAUGGUUUAAUAAAAGAAUCUUCAAUGGCUCCUUUAUUUCCAAAUAUGUCAUUAAGAUCAACAAGUCCAAGUUUAAAUCAAUCAAUGAAUCAAAUUAAUCCAUCAUUAAGUAGAGUAUCGUCACCAUUUUUAUCAAGAAUGAUGGAUUUAUCAAAUAUUAUUGAACCAACUUUAGAUGAUCAAACUUUGAAAAGAAGAUUAGUUUCACCACAACCAUUAACGAUGGGUAAUACUCAAAUGAAUUCGAAUCAACAACAAAGACAAUUGCAACAGCAGCAGCAGCAGCAGCAACAAUUACAACAACAUCAACAACAACAAAUUGGUAAUCAAAAGAAUCAACAACCUUCAGGAAGUGUUCCAUUAGCACCAUUAGCUGUAAGAUCAUUUACCACCCCAUCAUCUGCUUUAUUUGAUUAUAAUGAUGAUAAUUUAUUAGCAUUAAGUUUGACAUCAAUGGCAAAUAGUGGAAAUUCUUCACCAAGGUUAAGAAAACCAAUGUUAAACUCACCAAUUGAUCAUUUUAAUAAUAACAUCAACAACAAUAAUAAUGGUAAUUCAAAUGGAUUAAUGACAUCUUCAAAUAAUUAUACGAAUUCUUUGAGACCAUUAUUUUCUCCUUCAGCUAAUAAUAGUACACAUCAGUUAGCUUAUGAAACUGUACCAUUAUCUAAUAAUAAUAGAUUAUUAAAUAAUUCAACUUUUACUCCAAAUAAUAUGAAUACAAGUAGUCCAUUAUUACAAUCAUACCCAUCAAAUUUUAAUAUUUCAUCUCCAACAUCGGUACCAUUCAUUAAACGUCCAAAAUCUUCGAAUAUUGUAACAUUAAAUAUAUCUAGAGAAUCAUCAAGAAGUCCAAUUGCAUUAACAUCUAUUGAGAAUACAAAUUCUAAUCAAAUAUUACCAAACGGUAAUAAUGUAAAUGGUAGUAAUAAUAUUAAUAAUCAGAACAACAUUAAAUAUUCAUCAUUAAAUCAAAUCGAAAAUCCAAGUGGCAGGAUCCCAAUGGAUAAUGGAAUGCCAUUAACAAAGAAACAAAAAUUAGGCAAAAGAGUAUUAUCAUCACCAUCAUCAGGUUUAGCUACUGCUAUACCGAUAUCAAAUGCAUUAUUAGCAAAUGACCCAUCAACAAUAACUACAACAGUACAGAAUAAUAACCAUAAUAAUCUUAAUAAUAAUAAUAUUGAUAAUAUGAUUGGUAUAGGUAAUAAUGAUGAAUUUGGAAAUAAUAGUAAUGAAGAUAAAAAAAUCCCAUUACAAGGAACAACGGUUAUGCAUAACCAACCAAGUAAAUUUACAUCAGAAGAAGUCGUUGUAUCAAAAUUUGGGAAAGUUUAUGUUUGUCAAGAAUGUAAACGUCAAUUUUCUUCAGGACAUCAUUUAACAAGACAUAAGAAAUCCGUACAUUCUGGAGAAAAACCUUAUUCCUGUCCAAAGUGUGGUAAGAGGUUUAAAAGACGUGAUCAUGUUUUACAACAUCUUAAUAAAAAAAUACCUUGUGUCCCAACAGCUCCAGAGCCAUAG